ACAGAAAGAUAAGCAUUAUUAUCUAUUUGAAAUAGAUUUAGUACAUACUUCUAUCAUUUGUGUAGAUAACAUUCUUUUGAAUAAGAAAAGAAACGCAAUGCCGCGGUGCGUAGAUGCAUUAGUAUAAAUUAUAAAAUGACUAGUAAAUAGAGGUGAUAGAGAACAUUCCAGUAAAGAAUAAUUUUGAUAGAAAAUGAAUUGUGAACCACGAUCCACGAAAUGUUUACAGUAUUUACAGUUUAUAAGUUUGUGAUUAUAAAUAUAAAAUUUAUUUAGAAAAUAUAACCAACACCUUUAUAAAACGAACAGCUCAACUAGGACCUAGAUAUUGAAUAAUUAUCAUCUCAACAUACUGAAAACGAGAACAAUGGUUGGUAACGGAACCUUGAAAAGUGAUGUGUCAAAUGCAAUGGAUGAUUUUGAGAAUUCAAUUCCACCCGCAAGCAAUUUUUGCCGGGACUUCAUUAAAGGCCGAUGUAACCGUGAAAACUGUAGAUUUUUUCACGAAAUUCCACCAAAAACUCAUCUUAAAGAAUUGUUUAAAUUUUGUCACGAUUUCCAGAAUAAAGGAUGCUUUCGAGCUAAUUGCAAAUUUUUACAUUGUACUGCAGCAAUAGAAGAGCAAUUUUACGCUACUGGCUUAUUUCCUCGUGACCAAAACAAUUUACCAAUUUGCCAAGCCUUUAGUCAUGGGAAUUGUUCAAAUACUGAAUGCAAGUUUUUACAUAUACCUCAAGACAAAUCUAAUGACAUAAGCACAAUUUGUAAUAGAUUAGUACCACCACCAAUGUUUGAUAGGCCUCCACCACAUUUAAGAGAUGAUACUUUACCACCAGAGGCAAAAUUAAGAAGAUAUGCAUUUCAAGAUACAGGACUUGAUAAUAAAGUACUGCAUACAUCAAACAUUUGUUCAAACUGUGAGCAAUUAAACCAUAGGGUUAAGUUAUUGCAUGAUAAUAUAAGUGUUUUGCUUAAGAAAGUUGCUGAUUUAACUGAAAAAAAUAUUCAGCUGACAUCUAUGAAUGAGUUUUUAUUAGAACAAACAAACUCGGUUAGAACUGAUCAACCAUGUGUUAUCACUUCAAGACAUGGAGCUUCUGCUCCAGUUUCAUUAGCAACUGUCAGUGUAACACCAGUAGUAAGUUUAGCUGGUGCUUUACCAACAUUGGUUCCAGCAGCUGCAACACCAAAUCUCACUUUGGCACCAGCUGCUUCACAAGCCCAAUUGCUUACACCAGCUCCACAAAUUCUUACAGUUAGUACAACUCAACAGUUAAUGGGAAAUUCAGGGGCUCUUAUUGUAACAAGUGCUGGUGCUCAACAAUUAAUGCAAGUUAGUGAUUCAGGUACUCUUAUGGGUGGAGGGCAAACUGUUGUGGCUGUUACUCCUGCUCAACUUACAUUAGCCCCUCCUACUCAACAGUUGUUAAGUAGUGGACCACAGACUGCAGUGCAGCACCUAGUACAGACCUCAGCUUUACAACCUCAAUUGCCUCAACAUCAAGCCUCUCAAUAUGCACAGCAAUCAGUGCAACAUUUAGCUGCUGCUCAACAAUCAGCUCAACAUGUUGCAGCCCAGCAGUCUGCACAGUUGGCAGCACAACAGUCUGCACAGCUGGCAGCGCAACAGUCUGCACAGCUAGCAGCUCAACAGUCAGCCCAACAUUUAGCCCAACAGUCAGCUCAGCAUCUUGCUGCUCAGCAGUCAGCUCAACAUCUUGCUGCUCAGCAGUCAGCUCAACAGUUAGCAGCAGCUGCACAGCAAUCAGCCCAACAGAUUGUAGCUCAACAAUCUCAGCAGCCACAAUUAGUGCAUCAGACUUCAACCCAGCAAAUUACAAUAUCUAGCACUAGUCAACCUAUGGCAUUGCCAAAUUCUCAGGCACAGACAAUAACAUUCCCAAUCAUAUCCCAAAGUAUUUUACCUCAUUAAAACAAUAUGAGCCA